CAUCAUCUCGCUCAAGGUUCAUCACCCACUCGCUGCCACGACCAUCGCCAUACUUGUACCCUCGUCUGGAUUGCCACCUCCCCCAGCAGCAUCCAUCAAGGCAAGCCGACGAGUGAGCGAGCUCGACUGUCCUUCACCCUCUCUUCCGUCACCUUCACACCGCCGCCCACCAUGACACAGCCAGCGAGCAGGGUCCUGCUGCCUCAGAGCCACAACUCCUCCGAUAACAUCUCAGGUCUCUCAUCCAACAAGGAUGCCAAGAAGGGGCUGAAAGUGGCCAACACUGGUCUCCCUUCAGCUCCCAGCACUCCACGUGUGGCCAACAGCAAGACACGAUCGAAUGAUGUCCUCGCCACACCUGCUGUGCGGAGGGAUCACGGUGUGGCCGGUGGCACCACCCAGCAACCGAGCAAUGAGGAGAGUCAGGGAAGCUGGAGGAGCUGGACACGCGGAGAGGGACUCCAGCCUGCAGAGCUCGACAUUGCCAACUCUCAGGAGGUCCGACGCAAGGCGAACGUCUGUCAGCUCUACUUCUUGAACCACUACUUUGACAAUCUUCGAUACAUUGCCGACCGAAAAGAGCGUCUGGCUCACUUCCAGAUGACUGCGGACCCAGCUGACCCUCACUACGCCAAAGAUGCUGCCUCGUACUUUGGGCGAGAGCGAGCUCUUCUUCGAAAGAGGCGCACGAAGCUCAAGGUAGCCCAGUUCCACAUCGUCACUCAGGUCGGCCAGGGAGGCUAUGGAGAGGUGUUUCUUGCGAGGAAACGCGAGACAGGAGAGAUUUGUGCUUUGAAGAAGCUGAGGAAGAAGACACUGGUCAAGAUGGACGAGGUGCGACACGUGCUAGUUGAGAGGGACAUUCUGACUGCCACGCGGACACCUUGGCUGGUGAAGCUACUGUAUGCCUUCCAAGAUGCCGAGCACGUCUACCUCGCCAUGGAAUACGUGCCGGGUGGAGACUUCCGUACCAUGCUGAACAACUCUGGUGUCCUCCGCGGCGAGCACGCACGCUUCUACAUCUCCGAGAUGUUCGUAGCUGUGAACGAGGUGCACAAGCUCGGCUAUAUCCAUCGUGAUCUGAAGCCAGAGAACUUCCUCAUCGACACGACUGGCCACAUCAAGCUGACUGACUUCGGUCUUGCAGCUGGUGCUCUCAACCCUGGCCGCAUCGACUCUCUGCGACACCGUCUUGACCAGGUCAAGGACACAGACUUCGUGUACCGUACACCGGCCGAAAGAGGAUCGUUGUACAAGGCCAUGCGUGCUGGAAACCCUCAGUAUGCUGACUCCAUUGUCGGUUCGCCAGACUACAUGGCUCCAGAGGUCCUCAGAGGAAAGAGCUACGGCUACUCGGUAGACUACUGGUCCCUGGGGUGCAUGCUCUUUGAGUUCCUCUGUGGCUUUCCUCCCUUCUCUGGUGGUUCCCCUGAAGAGACUUGGGCUAACCUGAAGAACUGGAAGAGAGUUCUCUCACGUCCCGUCUACACCAAGAAGGAAGAUCUGCAAUUCAAUCUCGAGGACGAUGCCUGGGAUGCUGUCCUCAAGCUCAUCGACACACCUGAGAAGCGGUACGCCUCGCUUGCUGAGGUGGAGAAGCACCCCUUCUUCACGCCUCUCUCCUUCAAAUCCCUGAGGUCUCUGACUGCUCCCUUUGUGCCUCAGCUGCAAGGGGAGACGGACACCUACUACUUUGACGACUUUGAGAACCCAGAGGACAUGGCCAAGUACAAGGAGGUCAAGGACAAGCAGAAGAAUGUGGAGGGCGUCAAGGAGAAGGAUGGGCCCAAGGCUAAUGGAGGAUUGGGCAUGUGGGCCGGGUUCACCUUUGGAAAGAACGGCGUCGGCGUCAAUGGCCGAUCAAUUCCAAAGUCUCCGAGCCAAGACCUUGCAGAUGCCUUCCAGACCAUGUUCUGAGGUGAUCACAAUAGCCCACAGCAUUUUUGGACUCCAUUUGGCUUCUACCCCUCCCGGGCUGCUUGCUCUGUUGCAGACGAGCACAUUAUCAGGCGAACGUCGCCGCGAAUGCGCCUCUCCACCUUUCGCUUCUUAUCACUUGUCCAUUUUUUUCUGUCCCUAUUUUCGCUCAACGUGCUUCAGUCUCGACUCACUCGAUUCCAGUACAUUCGGACUCUAUCUUUCUGCCCCCAUUCGACUUCGACAAUAGCUAUACUGUAACUGA